CUGAAAAAAGAGCAGUAGGCCAGGUAACUAUGGGAACCUCUGCAUGACCCAAGAUUGCCAACAGUCCUCCGGAAUGCGUAAUGCUCAGAACCCAGUGACCUGGCCUUUAGGGAACAAUGGGACCUGGGCAUUCCAUGGAGUCUGGAUAGCUGGACAGAUGGGUAGGUGAACUUCCUCUCUCCAGAGCUGUCUACUGGGAACCAAGGCUUGACUUAAUGGAGUUCCCACAGGAAGAUCUGAGCUUACCUGGUGUGUGGGUCUCCCUGUACUUCGGACUCCUGGGGCUGUGUUCUGUGAUAACCGGCAGCUGCAUUCUCUUCCUACACUGGAGGAAGAACCUGCGGCGGGAACUGCGUGCCCGAGAGUGGGUGGAGGCCAUGCGCAACGCCACGUUCACCUACAGCCCGCUGUUGUACUGGAUCAACAAACGACGACACUGUGGCAUGAACACAGCCAUCACCACGGGCCCUCGUCCUGCUGCUGCCAACACUGAAUCCGACGUUCAGAAUUCAGACGUGUGGCAGGUGGACAUCCCCGAGAGCCAGGACAAUGCUGCCCACCACAGCUCCACCAAGACCCAAGUGCCUGGCUCCCUGCGACCUGCGAUGCAGUUGGUACCUCAGUCACUCCGUUCCCCAAAGUCUCAGUCCCAUGCCGCCUCCCCAAUGCCAACCCCUGUCUUUCAGGAGGUGCCCAUUUCCCUCUCCCUGUGCAACCUUCCUCCGAUGCUGAACCACUCAGUCUCUUACCCGAUGGCCACCCAUCCUGAGAGGAACGUGCACUCCCAUUCCCUCCCCACACUGGCCCAUGGGGACUGCUGCUCUCAUGCCAAGACCCUCACUAAAGAACUGUAGGCUCCUCUCAUCAGUGGGAAGUGGAGAAAAUGGCAGAGCAGGAGAGUGAGCUGCCUGGGAGAGCAAGAAU